AUGUCUCAGCCCAGCAAUCAAACUUCGGGCGUCCGCGGCAGAGCCCACGAUGUCUUCCGCGGCACCAUCUUCCAGGCUGUGCUGCUCGGGCUCAUCAGCUUCACGCAACCCGGGAUAUGGACGGCGAUGAACAAUUUGGGAGCCGGCGGCCAAGCCGAGCCAUACAUCAUCAACGCGGUGAACGUGAUAACCUUUGUCAUCAUGAUCGUUUUGUCCCCCGUCGCCAGCAUGGUCGGCAACUUGAUCGGCAUGAAGUGGAUCGUCGUCAUCGGAACCAUAGGCUACGUGCCGUACUCGGCCGCGCUCUACUGUAAUUCCAUGUGGGGGACGCAGUGGUUUCUCAUCUUCGGCGCCGUGACUUGUGGCAUCUCGGCAUCCGCGCUGUGGCCCGGCGAGGCGGCCAUUGCUGUCGGAUACCCAGAGGUCGCCCGUCGAGGCACUUGUAUCAGCAUCUGGCUGGCGCUGGGAAAGCUAGGCUCCAUCAUCGCCACCGCCAUCCAGCUCGCGCUCAACAAGGACAGCAACACGACCGGCGCCAUCUCCUCGUCCACCUACCUCGUCCUGGUGGUCAUCCAGUGUCUGGGGCUGCCCCUCUCGCUCUUGCUGUCGCCCCCCGGCAAGCUGGUGCGCAGGGACGGGAGGAAGCCCGUCUUCGCCAACGCGGAGCGGUCCCUCAAGAGCCAGCUGAGGGGGUUCCUCGCCCAGUUCAGGCGCAGGGAGGUGCUGCUCCUGAUCCCGGCCUUCGUCACCGCGCAGUGGGGCGUCACGUACCAGGGCAACUACAUGGCGGCGUACUUCACGGUCCGCGCCCGCACGCUCUCCGGGUUCAUCAUCGCCGUCGUCGGGGCCAUCUCCAACGUGCUCUCCGGCUGGUGGCUCGACACGAGACACCUGAAGAGGACCACGCAGGCCCGCUGGAGCUGGUAUUUCCUGCUGGCGCUGUUCACGCUCGUCUGGAUAUGGAACCUCGUCGUCCAGGAGCGCUGGGCAAAACACAGCCCAGGCGAGAUCGACUGGAGCAGUGCCAGCUACGGAGAAGGACUCGCCAUCUUUGUUCUCUACAGAAUCGCAUACGAAACUGUCGGCGUCUGGCUCUACUGGACUCUCGGCACCUUCGACGUCGAGGCGGACACCAUCGCGCUGUCCAUGGGCGUUCUUCGCUCGGGUGAAUCGCUGGGGUCGGCCUUGGCGUACGCCGUUGGCUCGGUCCGCAGCGCGUCCCUGAUGACGAACCUCAUCAUCUCGGUCGUGGUCUUCUAUGUCGGAGCACCAGCCACGACCUGGGCCGCCCUUCUCGUCAAGGAAAGGCUCCCGGCCGAGGUGGAAAGCCUGGCUAGCGACGUAGAAGGCUCUGGGCAGAGUACCGCUCAUCAGUCUGAUGCGGCGGACCAGGUUGAGGUGAACUACCGUGCCAAGGCUUAG